UGGCUGGCUGUAUAACGCUUAGAUGGCCAAACUGAGGGUGAAACUACACCAAAAAUUCACGAUUACGAUGGUUAAUAAUUACAAUUAGCCGUUGAUCCACCUCCGCCAGAUUCAGAGCCCGCAAUUGAACACGAAAUUGUUUCACUUUUUACUGCAAAUUACAAAAACAUUAAUUUUCAGUUUAUUUUCUUUCAUUGAAUCGGGGAUUUUGUUGAAUCGGGAAAUCGUGAACUCAUCUCCAUCUCACAUGCGCAUGAAUGGUUCAUCGCUUGCCCGAAGCGCGCAAAGUAUAAAAGUCGUCGAAAAAGUCGUUCAUUAUUAGUUAUACCACAGUCGUGGCGAGCUGACACAAUCAGAAUAAACUUUAACUUAAAAGGAGCACGCUGUGCAAAGCUGCUUUCUCCUUUCUCGCGUUGUUCAACAUCGUGUUUUUCAAUUUUACUGUCCGUUAAUUUUCGCGCUGCGAAUUUAUUCCGAAAAAAUGGUUCAAUCGAGCAAAUUGGCUGCAAACAACGAAAAGCUAAUGCACGUUGUUCCCAACAAGUAUAAGAUAGCAACGUUCGGCAUGGGAUGUUUCUGGGGCUGUGACUCUCUGUUUGGCGCCACCAAGGGAGUCCUUCGUACUCGUGUCGGUUACGCGGGAGGUAGCACUAAAAAUCCGUCCUACAAAAAUAUGGGUGACCACACUGAAGUGAUUGAAAUACACUACGACCCAGAAGAGAUUAGUUACAACGCGCUGCUGGAGUUGUUUUGGAACAAUCAUGAAUACGGUCUAACGAAACGGAUGAAGCGCCAGUAUAUGUCCCUCAUUCUAUACCACGACGACUAUCAACUAGCAAUUGCUAAAGACAGCCUUGCCUACGAGUUAACGCAGCGGGCCCCCGAGCAAAUCGUCACCGAGAUUGCAAAGGCAGAAAAGUUCUAUCCUGCUGAAGACUACCAUCAAAAAUAUCGUCUGCAGGGUCACAGCGAUCUGGCCAAAGCAAUCGGAUUGAUCGGAUCGGAAUCGGAUUCGGAACUGUUGCAAACAUCACACGUGGCAGCUCGGCUCAACGGUUACCUGAUCGGAGUCGGCGGACUGGAACAAUUUGAAUCUGAGGCUCCCCGGUUAGGACUUGAUACCGAACACAUUCGCUACGUUCGCAACUAUGUCAUCGAGAACGAAGGAGGUGGUAUUUUUUGUUGACGCAUUUCCCCGCAAUCCCCGUGGAGGUAACAUCUACCAGAAACAGAAGGAAUUGCUUCUGCGAGUACAAAUAGCAGUUAUUUCAUUCUUGAUUCUGUACCAUAAUCGUCUGUCCCUUGCUUUUAAGCUCUUUGUACAAAUAUGUUAUAAUUCUUUCUAUGAAACAUUCAUAUGGUUACUUUUAAAUAAAUUAGCUAUCAUUAACAAUUUUAAACCAUGUUUCUAUGCUUU